AUGUCCACGACGGAGCCUAGCUCCUCUGCGCCCAACCAGAGCCACCCUUCGCCGGCCACCUACGAGAAGACAGACCCGGUGGGGGUGGAGAAGCAAAUUCGCCUUCUUCUCUUCGGCUUGUGCGUAACCAUCGCCGCUGCUACCUUUGUCGGAGGUGUGUAUUCUCUCCUAUCUCUCCUCCGGAUGAGGAGAAAAACCUCUCUCUGUCUUAUCGUGGCUUCAAUGUCCGUGGAUGACCUCCUCAGUGUGGUGCCCCUCUCCUUGUUCACGCUCCUUCAGUGGGAGAUGGAUGGAGGUGCCGGCUCGGGCAGCCUGUGUACUUUAUCGGGACUUCUCUACGUGUUCCAGGGUGUUUCGAGCAAUAUGAAGGCUUGCCUCAUAGCAGCCUACACUUUCUAUGUCACUAAGAGAUUUGGAGUGCUUCAGUCUGUGCGCCGGCCCCUGAGGGUGAUGUGGGCCAUUGGCGGUGUGUGGGCGGUCAGCCUGGCCGUCAGUGUGUUACCUUUGUGCGGAUGGGGCAGCUUUACGCCGGCCUCUCUCGGGUGUUUCCCGGAGAGCGACAGCUGCUACGUCCUGCUGCUUUUCUCCUUGUAUAUCGUGUGUUUCUGCGGCUUGUUAUUCUUCUUUAUCCCUCUCACCUACCAGCUGCUGUGCUCCAGAGAGCCCCAGAGGACUCUACUGUACCCGGGCUAUUUGGACAUGGCGAGGGGGUUGAGUGGCUCCGCUCCCCUCUGUGAUCUCCAGUCGUUUUCCCGGGAUAGCCUCAACAAAAGUUUCUGCGCUUACAACGAGCUGAGCGCGAGUUCAUGUGGGACACAGCUUAGGGGGAAAGAGGACAGCGGGCUGUCCCCAGUGUCUGUCAACGGACAGAGGACAGCUGCUGUGGAGGACACACCAGUGGUGUUUGCACAAAAGCGCUUCUCCAUGAUCCUGGCGGUGGUGCGGAUCAUCUUAUGGAUGCCAAUAAUGACUCUGGUGCUGGUCCGCCACGCACUUCAUGCACGCAGCUCGUCCCUGGAGACUCUCAGCUUCUUCCUCACUCUGCUCGCCCCUGCGGUCACUCCGCUGUUUGUGCUGUCAGAGCGUUGGAUCCACAUGCCUUGUGGCUGCUUCAUUAACUGCAAACGGGAUCCAAAGCAGAGGCCUUCAGAGAUGAAACGAAAAUUUGAGUUCAAUCUUUCCUUUCAACAAGGCUGUGGAGUGUACAAACUGUCACAUGCCACUGUGGCUCAUAGCAGUCCUCCUCUAGAGAAGCCUUCCUACCACAGCCUCUUUAACUGUGGCUUCCAAAAUACCCACCUUGAUGCACUUGAAAGUGGUGGCCUCUCAAGCCUGGGCCCCAGUUUUGAUUUCAGCACCCCCUGCCCCGUGGACAGCUCCUCUCAUGCAGACCUAUUAUUGGAAGCUGUAGCCGGUGGAGGAGAGGCGCUGGCUGACUGUCCUUCCCUCCCUCACGAGAACCGCGGGGAUGACGACGGGGCCUUUCCCUGCGUCCCUUUGCUGUCUUCCCAUCAGGAUCACAGUCUCACCGACACAUCGUCUGUGUUCGAAGGGGCCGAGAGGAGGCUGUCGCAUGAGGAGUGUCGCAAAAUUGAGCUGACAGACUGGGAGUGGUGCCGGAGUAAAUCAGAGAGAACACCCAGACAGCGAUCAUCAGGUGGUCUGUCAAUCCCCCUGUGUGCCUUCCAGGGCACCGUAUCCCUGCAAGCACCCACAGGAAAGACCCUCUCCCUCUCCACAUAUGAGGUCAGCAGUGAUGGACUCAAAAUCUCCCCCAACAACGCCAGGAAGGUGGAAGUGUAUCGCUCCAAAUCAGUUGGCCACGAGCCCAGUGCAGACGACCCGGCAUCAGGAGGCCAGGCUGGAGACGUGAAUGUCAGCAGCGUGGGGAUGGGCAUGGAGAUCGGGAUGGGGAUAGGUGCUGGCGUUGGGGACACCAACGUCAAGAUCCACCUUGAGGUUCUGGAAAUCUGUGACAACGAGGAGGCCAUGGACAGCGUCUCUAUCAUCUCUAACAUCAGCCAGUCCUCUACUCACGCCCGCUCGCCGUCCCUGCGUUACUCACGGAGGGAGAACCGCUUUGUCUCCUGUGACCUGGGCGAGACAGCCUCCUACUCUCUGCUCAUCCCUGGCAGCGGCAACCCAGAGGCAGAGACCAUCAAUAUCACUAUACCUGACACUGUGGAGGCUCACCGUCAGAACAGCCGACGGCAGACGCAGGAGGGCUCAGGAUAUCAGGAGGAGAUUCAGCUGCUCAAUGAGGCCUACAGGAAGCAGGCAGGAGAGAGGGAGGAGUGA